CUUCAACAUCAGCAAAGAACGGCCUGAAUUCCUCUCGCCUGCAUAGUAGAAUCUACGACGUUCUAAGAGCAGUCACCCAGGAUGGCAUCUUCUCCGUCUGUUUCGACCGUCUAUGUCCGCAACCUCGAGGAGCGCGUCAAGCCCGAGCCGCUCAAGGAGGCCCUGCAUGCCAUCUUCUCCGAGUAUGGAAACGUGAUUGAAAUUAUCGCCAAGACGAACCUCAAGGCGAAAGGCCAGGCCUUCAUCGUCUUCGACAAUCCCGAGUCGGCGCAGAAGGCCAUCGACGAGAUCCAGGGCUUCGAGCUCUUCGAGAAGCCCAUGCAGGUUGCGCUGGCGCGUACCCGCAGCGAUGCCACCGUCGAGUUGGCGGGUAACGCAGAGGAACUCGACGCCCACCGCCGGAGACGACUAGCAGAGAAAGAUAAGAAACGAGCGAUCCAAUCAGCCGAGGAGCAAAAGCGUCUCAAGCGCCCAGUCCCCGGCGCCCCGGGAGCGGCGCCCGAUCUCGCCGGCCGACCGGCAAAGACGGCGCGCGGCGCCGGGCUCAAGCCCACCGGGCCCAGCGCCCCCGCCGUCGUCCCCGACGAGUACCUGCCCCCGAACAAGAUCCUCUUCGUGCAGAACCUUCCCGACGACUUCGACGUCGAGGCGCUCACCGAAAUCUUUGGCCGCUUCGAAGGCUUCCGCGAGGUGCGUCUGGUCCCUGGCCGAAAGGGCAUCGCAUUCGUCGAGUACGAGGCGGAACAAGGCGCCAUCUCGGCCAAGGAAAACACGGCCGGGAUGUCUCUCAAGGGCGGCGAGAAGAUAAUGAAGGUCACGUACCAGCGGCAGUAGAGGGCAGGGUUCCGGUGAGAUCCAGAGCUUUCAAAAAGGUUAGGUACAAAUUGGUGGGUUCGGCAAAUUGGCCAGCUGCUUCCAAGCUGAAGUAGGUACGGCGUGUGGUGUUAUAAUACAGGAGGGAGGUAUCACUAUCCAUCAAAAUAGGGUCCAAGGUCCAAGGAGAGGACAUCUUAGAUACCCAGUCAUUAUCCUCGUCAAUGCAGUCAAUCUCGGCGUCCAAAGCCAAAUAUG